UGAAAGCAUGUGUAUCUUCUGUUUACUGACACAUUGAAAUCGAAACGUGAAAAAUAUUUGCGAAAUAAAUUUGUUUGCAAUUCAACCAGUUGAAAAUGGGUAAAACACGAAAAAGCUUUAAAAAUGAAAUCCGAGCACCGGAUAAAACCCCGCUAGAUGAACAGAUUAUCUCUGGUAAAGUGAUUCGCAGUAAGAACAAAGUUAAAAUUCGGCUUCGCGCAGAGGAAGAAGACUACGUUGAUGCCAGAUCAACGCAAAAAAUUUUGCAAGCGGCCCGAGCACAACAAGCCGAAAUUGCGUUGGAUUUGAAUGGUCCAUCGUUGAAAGAAUCGCUGCAAAAAACAAAAAACCGACCAAAAUUUGGUGGUCGUUUAAUGAAAGAUGAAGAUGAUAUGUCCGACAAUGAAGACCGGCCAGAUGUUACAGGCCAAGACUUUUUCGACGAUAUGCAAAUCAACGAAGAAGAUGAAAAGGCAUUGAAAUUAUUCCAAAAUGAAUCUGGAAUAAAAUCACGUAAAUUGGCUGACAUAAUAUCGGAGAAAAUAGCCGAAAAACAAACCGAAUUGCAUACACAACUAUCGGAUGCGGGCACAUUGAAAAUUGAAGAUCUUGAUCCGCGCGUCAAAGAAAUGUACGAAGGUGUGCGUGAUGUGAUGAAACGAUAUCGCAGCGGAAAAGUGCCAAAAGCCUUCAAAAUCAUACCAAAACUAAGAAAUUGGGAACAAAUCUUAUAUAUAACGGAGCCACAUAACUGGUCAGCGGCUGCAAUGUAUCAGGGUACACGUAUCUUUAGCUCGGUCUUAGCCCAACACAUGGCACAACGAUUUUAUAAUUUGGUACUGCUGCCACGUAUUCGUGACGAUUUAGCUGAAUACAGUCGAUUGAAUGCACACUUGUACGCUGCGCUGCGUAAGGCUUUAUUCAAACCGGCCGCUUUUAUGAAAGGUCUCAUUUUACCAUUGUUAGAAUCCGGUGAUUGUACACUUCGUGAAGCGAUCAUUGUUGGCAGUGUCAUUGCACGCAAUCAAAUUCCGAUUUUGCAUUCGUCGGCAUGCUUACUCAAAAUUUGCGAAAUGGAAUACUCGGGCGCUAAUUCGAUUUUCAUUCGCUUUUUUUUGGACAAAAGAUACGCAUUACCAUAUCGUGUUAUUGACGCCGCCGUUUUUCAUUUCAUUCGUUUCGAACAUGAUAAACGUGAAAUGCCCGUAUUGUGGCAUCAAAGUUUACUUACAUUUGUUCAACGAUACAAGAAUGACAUCUCAUCCGACCAGAAAGAGGCCCUAUUCGCCUUACUGCGUAAACAAACUCAUUUCAAAGUAACACCAGAGAUUAGACGCGAAUUACAAGCCGCCCGAUGUCGUGAUGAAGAGGCUAUUGAACCAAUUGACAAAGAUGCACCUGGAGCGAUGGCCGUCGAUUUACCUGAUGUUAACUUGGACGAUGAUUACGGAAUGUUUUAAAACAAAAAAUCCAAUUUUGAUUUUAAGAUAUUUUAACAUACAUACUGAAUUAUCGGUAUAUUUUUCUUUCACAUAUAUUUUUUUUUGUUAUAACAUUUAAAUAAAUAUAUCGGUUAAUAAACUAUCAUCCGUGGAUACACGGAAAAUUAGUCUACAACAAAACAAAAGAAUUUUUUU